CGUCACAAGCUUGCAACAUGGCGUCCCGAAGGCUGUGAGGUGAGCAAGAGGAUGGAACAUUGAGAACGCUCCUACCGAUGUAAUAAGCUUCAGGUGGUGAUCGUGUAGGAAGAGAGAGAAGGAAGGAAAGGUAUAAAGGAAGGAAGGUAGGUGGAAAUGGAGCUGCCAAAUCAUGCCAAACAACUGCUUCUGCAACUGAACCAACAAAGGGCGAAGGGCUUCCUGUGUGAUGUCAUCAUUGUGGUGGAGAAUGCGCUGUUCCGCGCCCACAAGAACAUCCUGGCAGCCAGCAGCAUCUACUUCAAGUCCCUGGUCCUCCACGACAACCUCAUCAACCUGGACACGGAGAUGGUCAAUCCGUCUGUGUUCCGGCAGGUUCUGGACUUUAUCUACACGGGCAAACUGCUGUCCUCCUCCACUGAGCCGGGCAGUGAACAGAGCUACAGCGCUCUGCUGACGGCCGCAAGCUACCUCCAGCUUCACGAUCUUGCCGCUCUCUGCAGGAAGAAGCUGAAACGCGGCGGGGGGAAGCCCCUCGCUGGGAAACCCCUCGCUGGGAAACCGUCUUCCCAGGGCGCCCUUGGGAGAAUACGCAUCAUCAACCAGCGCCGGGCCUCCUCAGGCCCCCUCAACCACUUCUCCGCCACCCCAUCCGAUGCCGACCAGAUGCAGCCCGACGACGGAGUCCGCGACAAGCUCUCGGACGACGAGACGUUCGCUGGGAACAAUGGCAGCACUGGGGGGAACAACGGCAGCAGCAACGGGAACCUCAGCAGUGGCGGGGAGCCAGACCUGGGGCUGGACUUGUCCAAGAAGAGCCCCGCCUCCGGGGGGGGGGGCAGCGGCGACGCCCUCAGCCCACACAGUUGCCAGGAGUCUCCCCAAUCUGCCUCAGUGUCCACCACCAACAGUGCCUCUUUGGACGACUCUUCCACCCUCCUGACCGGCCUGGACGCCUCGUGCCCUGAGCCUAUGGAGCUCACUCCCACCCCCAGGGCACCCAGAGAUGGCACCCCCCAGCCCCCUGGACUGCAGCCCCGCAAGAGCUCCCGUCAGGUUGCCCGGAAGAAGGAGUGGCCCAAGAGAGAAGUGUCUGGCCUGAAAGCCGAGGACAGAGACAGGCCCCUGGCCAACGGGGUCAUUGUGGGGCCCAAAGAUGGCCGCUACUCCAGUGGAGGAGCAGGAGGAGGAGGCAGCAGCAGCAGCUUUAUCUCAGACCAGUCCUUCCAGUGCAAGGAGGAGGAGGAGGAGGAGGGAAGGGAGAAUGGCCAGGAGCAUAGCGACGAGAGCGGGGAGAGCGACGGGGAGAGUGGCGAGACAGGUCGAGGAGGAGGAGGCGGAGGGAAAGGAGGAAGAGGUGGCAACCGCAGAGCCAACUACGUCUACCGCCAGGAGGGCUUCGAGCCGGCAUUCGGGGACAACCUCUACGUGUGCAUCCCCUGCGGGAAGGGCUUCCCCAGCUCGGAACAGCUCAACGCCCACGUGGAGUCCCACACCGAGGACGAGCUCUACAUCAAAGAAGAGGCCGGCACCUUUGUCAAAGAGGAGGAGGAGGAGGCCGAGGACCUCUCGGCUGCACCCGCCGCACCGGCAUCCGCCUUCGGAGGCUGCGAGCCGCGGCCCUUCAAGUGCACGGUGUGCAGCAAGAGCUACAAAGACCCGGCCACCCUCCGCCAGCAUGAGAAGAGCCACUGGCUCACACGGCCAUUCCCCUGCAACAUCUGUGGCAAGAUGUUCACCCAGCGCGGCACCAUGACGCGGCACAUGCGCAGCCACCUGGGCCUCAAGCCCUUCGCCUGCGAGGAGUGUGGCAUGAGAUUCACCCGCCAGUACCGGCUCACCGAGCACAUGCGCGUGCACUCGGGCGAGAAGCCCUACGAGUGCCAGCUGUGCGGGGGCAAGUUCACCCAGCAGAGAAACCUCAUCAGCCACCUCAGAAUGCACACCUCGCCCUCCUAGGGGAACCAACAAGCCAAAGAACCCUGGGAAUCCAAACCGGGGGGGAAGAGGAGAGAAGGAGCUAGCUCUCCCCGGUUUUCGUCCCGCCUCAAAAAGCAAAGAAACACGCACACACUUACAUACACAUUUAGAUAUGCGCACACAACCUUUUUAACACACUUGUUUCCAGAACUGCAUUUCUCUGGGCUGAGUGUGUGCUGUCACACAUGGCGAUCAGGGUGUGACACACGUGUGCAUGCACACACACCUCUCUCUCUGGCCCACCUGAUCACUGUUAUUACCUCUAGCCACACACACACACACACAUGUACACACCGUCUCCAGUCUGGGAUUGCUGCUUGGAGUUUUUAGUGGCCCCAGCUCUGGUUUAUCAGAUUGUCCAGUCCUCUCAGGCCCAGCAAGCCCAGACGUCUGGUACCAGGCCCAGACGCUGUCCCAACAGCACCUCACCACACGCAAUAAUCUGAACCUGAACAUAUGGUUGUGUUGUAACAAAUCAGCUUUAGCUCCAUGUAACAGUGGGGACGGGACAUGGGAAAGGGAGGGGGGUGGGAUGCAUGUGGGCUGUAAGGGAGGGGGGGUGAUGGGUGGGGGGAGUGGGGUGGUGACCCUCUCUAUGCUUUAUCCUGACGCGUGAAGGGGGUUUCUGGUGGGUAGAGGGUGGGAUUGGAUGAUUCAGAUUAUUCAAGAUAUAAUGCUCCCCUCCCCCGGUUGUGGCUGUGGGGAAGAGAGAGGGGGAGGGGAGCAGUUACCUGGGGGCAAGGAGAUGCCCCCCCCCCCCCCCAGGUACGAGGUCCAGUCAAAUAACUUUUCUGUGACUGUUUCAACUGGAAGCUUUGGGGAUUUUUCUUCUUGGAAGGGGAGGGAAGGGAUGGGGGGGGGGGGGAGAAGAAGGGAGAGAGAGGUUGGUGAAAGCUGAACGCCAUGCUCAGUGGGUACGUUUAUUUUGUCUGUAUAGCUUUCCUCCCCUCACAAAACAGUUAAGUCUAUUUGUAUAGGCUUGAGAUUUCUCUACCUCGGGUGACUCUUACCAACUCUGUUGAUUAGUUGAACUUAUGUAAUUACUUGUAUAAAGUGUGUAGAUUCCAGUUAUCUUACACCUAAUGCUUUAACCUGCCCAUCUCUCAACACAGGUUUUUAAUGCUUUUAGAUUUUAAAUGUUAUAGCAUAGUUUUUAACAAUCGUUUUUUAUUGUUACAGAGAGCAGAGAUAGCUUUUGCGGGCGCUGUACUCAACACACCCCCACCUCAAAACGUACUGUAUCCUCCUUGCCUCCAGCGAAUAGUGGUUAGUUAGACUAGAUGCAGUGUUCCAAAGAUCGUUGAGCUAACUAACAAACGUUGCUAGACAAGUUCAUAACCAAAGUUAUAAAAAAAUAUGUACUUAAGAUAUAUAGCAUACUAAAUUAUUUUGCUUUUGCUUUUUUUUUUUACUGUAUAAAAAACAAACAAAUUAUUAAUUAUUUUCUCGUUCCAUACAAAUAAGUCCUUGCUUAUGAAGAAAUCUUGACCACUGACUGGAGAUUCAGGAGAGAUUCUGUGUUUGCAAGGAAAGCUUGUGGUGAUAGGUGGGCGGGUAUGAAUGUGAACUUUACACCAAAAGAAAUGUAAAGUUUACUAUGUUCCCUAAACAUUUUCUCUGUUUCUAAGGGGUCCUUCUCAUCACUUUAUAUUCCCUAACUUAAAAAAAACAGGACUUGAUGACAGUGUAUGUGUUCUGUUCAGACCAAAAAAACAAAAAAAGAUUGAAUCUAUAAUCAUGAUUUUUAAUGUGAAGUUCUAAGUUUGCUUUGUUAGAUUUUAUUAUUUUUUUGAGCCAGACUUGUGAAAGCUUGUAUAGGGGAGAGGCUGAGAGGCACUGGACAGCUCAGCUUAUCAUUUAUUUCUCCUGAUUGUAUCACACAGACACACACUUCCAGACCUGAUUGUAUUAUACACACUUAUCAUAGCUGAUUGUAUCACAUGCACACACACACACACACACACUACCAGACAUCUACAUUAUCACCUCUUCUUUCCCUCUAUGAAUAUGAGUUAAUCACCAUUGUCCCGCCCUGAACCUGGGACAUUAUAAACCCCCUCCUAGCCCCUACACCAAACUCCCCACCCUCCCAGCUGCUGUACAGCUCCUCCACCCUCCCCCAGGAGCAAAAUUCUCCUACUUGGAGCUUUUGAUUUAGGCAUUCCUCUGUUGUGUUGGCUUUAUUACCUGUUUGAUGUAUACAUCCUCAUGUUAUGGUCUGUGAAGCGGUUUGGGUUACCAUAGUAAUGCAGCUACAGUAAAAAAAACAACAAAAAAACAAGCAUCAGUUACAUUUGAAGGUAGCUGCGUUCUGGACGCCCCACAGAUGGUCUGUGGUAGUCUGCACAGUCCUCUGAGGAGUAGCAGCUACUGCUGAAUGAUGCAGAGAUCCACACCCCUCUCUUCUACCUAGUAGUCAUUUUCUGCUAGUGCUUAUACCUAGGGAUGUCCUCCAGCUUAAAUAGGUGUCCAUGACUCACUGCCUUUAGAUGACUGCUGUGGUUGUGCAGGAGCGCAGGCAGAGGUGUUUUUCUACAGCAAGGUCUCGUAAUCUCACAAGGAUUCUGCAGCUGCAGUCGAAGAAACCUUGGUUUGCUUGACAAAAAGAAGAAAAAUCUCAAAACUGUGAUCGUACUACUAUUACUACUAAUACUCCACACUUCAGGGAUUGUUCUGCAUCUGGGAAUGCAGAGCUCUCAGCUACAUUUGUAAGACAUAGUAUUGUAUCAAUUUCUCUGUAUUUUAAUCAUGGGGAAAAAGAAAACACUAGUUUCAUAUAUAAGACAAAAAUAGGGGGGUACUUUUUCAACUAACACAAAGAGCCUUAACACAAGGCAGGGCAGCUGAAAACAAGUCUUUUUAGUUAGUAACAAAAUAUGUUCAGAAAUAGUUGCAAAGAUGUACAAAGAACUAAGAAAAAAAAGAAGCUCAUACCCAAAUCCACAAACUAUUUUUUAAACCAAAGCACAUUUGAAUGAUAUUGAACCGUGUGUGGCUCUGAAAAAGAUACAUAUGUAUUUAUCUCAUUGUUUACAUGAACUUUUACAGUUUUACAGACCUCAAUGGAGGCAGGGCCAGCCAGAGUGAAGGAUUUGUGAGGUUGUGUGUUUUGGGAGGGCUUUUACCACAGAGGUUGCUGCCAAAACAAAAGUAGGGCAUCAGGCCCGCAGCGCUGCUGCAUAUUCAUACAGGGGGAGAGCGGGGGAGGGUGCGGACGUAUUCCCCCUCUGCCAGCUGGCUCUAGGGUGACCUGGGACGCCCCUCUUGUCUGCCCGCAUGCCCUCUGGCCUGUGGUCUGUCUUCAGAUGGGCCAGCACCAGAGGAUGGGGGGAAGGGGGAGGUUAGGGGGAGACGUGUCCUUGACAUAUUAAUCAAAAGGCAUUGUUAGUCUCUGGCCUAGGGUCCUCAUGGACUUGAGGGCCAGCUCUACUGCUGGGCUUUCAGGGCAUGUGGGGGGUGGGGUUAGUUCUAGAACUCUUUAACGGUACUUCCAGGUUGUUUCUGCCUGGGUUUGGAGGGAGGGAGGGGUUUAGACACAUUCAUGGAUGUAUCUGUAGCUUGGGGUGGGCUACAUCUUUACGGGGCUGUAGGGUUUUAACUGUGAAUGUUCCUUUCUGCUUCUGUGGGUAUGUUCUAAAUUGAUGAUGAUGAUUGUGGUGACUACUUAGCUCCUGUUUUCUGUGGAGGAGAGAGACACAUGCCUCUGGCUGGCCUUGCCUCAAACAUAGUUGGUGCAAACACUUAUUGACAGUGUUCUUUUUUUAUCAAAUGUCUAUUGUUGUCAGUAAUGAAUGUAUUUAUUUCUGGUGUCCUGACCCGCCCCCCCCCAACCCCCUCGGUGAUGAACAGUCUUGGUAUUUGAGACUGGAGGGGGGGGGGACUCUUGGGUGGUAUUUGUUUUGUUUUAAAGAUUUCAAGCUGAGAAUCAAAAAUGACCCAAAACAGCCAUUAACCACAAAUCUGUGAAGGGGACUUUUCUGGGGAGAGCUGGUUCUAUGUAACUUUAAACGUCAUACAAACUCGAUGAUGUACACAUGUUACUGUGUCUGUCUCAGCUACUGCUACUACAGGCUGUAGGGGUUCUCGUUGUUCACUGUGGGUGUUUGUGCCCUUGUUUUUUUGGGCACUAAAAGAUGACUCACUGAUUGACCACACACUGGGGGGAGUUGAACUUUGACCUCCAGAGUGUGUGUGUGUGCGUGUGUGUAGACAGGCAGGUCAAUGUGGCCGGUCUCAAGCGAUAUACUGUAUCUCCUCAAACACUCUGCCUGGGUGCUGCCAAGAUUGCCAUGAUGUUUAAGACCCCCCCAACCCCUCUCCCCCAACACUUACAGCUCAGACCUCGUCAUCCACUCACACUCUUUCUCUGAAUGAUAGUGUUCUCUUAAUGACCUAGUAAUACUUUUGUCUUAAACGCCCGCCACUGUUUCCAUCAUGUCUGUUAACUUUUUUUUCUCCAGUUUUUACAAAGUAAUGGUAUGGUCCAGAUAGCUUUACUAAAAGUGCACUUUGUACGUUCUUUUUAAUCAUCUGGGCUGUCUAAGGCUGUCUAGUUGUGACUCAUAUCUCUCACUAAGGAUGACUAAAUAGGAGUUAGUCCUCAUAGAAUUCUUGUGUUCCUUUCCUACAUCAUAUCAAUGCAGUGUUACAAAGCUUUAAAGAAACCAUGUACAAAGAUCUAACUAGACGGUCGACAGACUGUCAGAGUUGACAUCACCUAACUGUGUCUCUGCUGUUUUAAUACCUCAGUGUUUCACCUUUCAGACUUUUCCUCUUUCUCCUCUGCAUCACCCCUAACCUCCCCUCCUCCCUCCCUCUCUCUUACUUCAAACCCCGACCUCCCUCCUCCCUCCCUUCCUUCCCUGACCCCUGGGCCCUGGAUGGCUCCUCACCUAGUCAGGGUUAACCUUGAGAACCUCCAGGACUAUCUAACCUUAAUUUACACCCAACCCAUAGUGCAUCCCAUCCCGUUUCAGACUAACCCUAACCCAACCCAGACAUACUUUAGCCUUUGACCUCUCUCCGUUGAGUCCUGAAACCAGUCCUGGUGCCAGUGCUUUCACCACACACCAGUGACUCGGCAUGUUUGUUCUGCUAUAUCCACAUCAGUAUUGACUCAUCGACUCAGAACGUUACCUCAGACACCUCAGUGUUUACAGCAAUACGCUAUCUUGCCAUUGACAAAAAGCUUUUCUGCGUUUGCGUUUUUUAUUACUCCUAACUGAGAGACCCUUUUAGGACCGUCCGGUUGUAACCAAAAUAUCAUCAUUUUCCAAAUAGUGUUUGUAACUUGAUAUGUUUUAUUUUAUUUUGAGCUCUCACUUGUUUUUCUGGCACUUUGGGAACUGAGUGCACUCCAGUUUGAUGGACAGACACUAUUAGCUGCUAAACUUGUACUUGAAAAUGUGAUUUAAAGAGUUUAGAGUGAAGCUGCUCCUCUCGGGGUCUGCCUUUACAUAAUGGAUGUUCUGGCAGGACUGGACCGGUAGGGUCAUUGACCAUGAAUAAUUGAGGGCCAACACCCCUUCUCCCUCUCUCUUCUCUCACAAAUAUACACACCUAUAGUUCUACACUUUCUCACACACACACACCUAUAGUCCUAUACAUCCCCACAUACCCCUUAAGGCCUACACGCUACAUAUACACUACACUUGCAUUCCAUUGUGUACUUCAUUUGCCUACCGCAAGCGCUCUAUACUUGUUUACACGCACACCUCCCCAGACCUCUGGUUGUGGCAGCACCCAGGCAGGGAACUCGUCUCUCCCCUCCUAAGAGAGCUCGUAUUCAGGUCAGAGCUGUCGCCGUGGCGAUGGGGCUCGCUAACUCAAAGUGUCAUAUGUAAGUGUAGCACGCUGACCUCAGCACUCUCAACCUUGCAGUCUUAAUGUACAGCGAUGAGGAAAAACAAACUGUUAUUUUACGAUCUUUUCAUUAAAAGCUUGAUCGAAAAUGGCUGUUCUGUUUGUCUGAUCUCUUGUUCCUCUGGUGUCAUGUUUU